CGGCCAAGGUGGCGAAGCAGCAGCAGCGGCGGCGACGGCGGCGGCUGGAGUGAGCUCCCGGCUCGCCUGCGCCGAGCGAGGUCCCGGCGUCGGGACGCGCGCCGGGGCCGCGUCCUGCUCCUCAGCCCGGGGGAGGCGCGCCGGCUCCCACGCUCCGCCAGCUCCCGGUGGUUUCCUAGAAACAUGAUUGAUUGUUGGACUUGAUCUCACAGCCCAGUGAGGACUUCUUUACUGAUAAUGUCAAGUUCAGGUUAUCCUCCCAACCAAGGAGCAUUCAGCACGGAACAAAGUCGUUAUCCUCCCCACUCUGUGCAGUACACCUUUCCCAGUACCCGCCACCAGCAGGAGUUUGCAGUCCCUGAUUAUCGUUCGUCUCAUCUUGAAGUCAGCCAGGCGUCACAGCUCUUGCAGCAACAGCAGCAGCAGCUCCGGAGACGGCCUUCCUUGCUUUCAGAAUUUCACCCAGGUUCUGACAGGCCUCAAGAAAGGCGAACUGGAUAUGAACAGUUUCAUCCAGGCCCAUCCCCAGUGGAACAUGAUUCACUGGAAUCCAAGCGACCGCGUCUGGAGCAGGUUUCUGAUUCCCAUUUUCAGCGAGUCAGUGCUGCGGUUUUACCUUUAGUGCACACGCUGCCAGAAGGAUUGAGGUCUUCUGCAGAUGCUAAGAAGGAUCCAGCAUUUGGCGGCAAACAUGAUGCUCCAUCCUCUCCGAUCUCUGGGCAGCCCUGUGGAGAUGAUCAAAAUGCUUCACCUUCAAAGCUUUCAAAAGAAGAGUUAAUACAGAGUAUGGACCGUGUAGAUAGAGAAAUCGCAAAAGUAGAACAGCAGAUCCUUAAACUGAAAAAGAAACAACAACAGCUAGAAGAGGAAGCAGCCAAACCUCCUGAACCUGAGAAGCCUGUGUCUCCUCCUCCAGUGGAGCAGAAACACCGGAGCAUCGUCCAGAUUAUUUAUGAUGAGAAUCGGAAAAAAGCAGAAGAAGCUCAUAAAAUUUUUGAAGGUCUUGGCCCAAAAGUUGAACUGCCACUCUAUAACCAGCCAUCAGAUACCAAGGUGUACCAUGAGAACAUCAAGACUGGAGUACCUGCAAGGCGCAUGAUGAAAAACCAGGUGAUGAGGAAAAAACUCAUUUUAUUUUUUAAAAGAAGAAAUCAUGCAAGAAAACAAAGGGAACAAAAAAUCUGCCAGCGUUAUGAUCAGCUCAUGGAGGCGUGGGAGAAAAAAGUGGACAGAAUAGAAAAUAAUCCUCGGAGGAAAGCUAAAGAAAGCAAAACAAGAGAGUACUAUGAAAAGCAGUUUCCAGAAAUUCGAAAACAAAGAGAACAGCAAGAAAGAUUUCAACGAGUUGGGCAAAGGGGAGCUGGUCUUUCAGCCACCAUUGCUAGGAGUGAGCAUGAGAUUUCUGAAAUUAUUGAUGGUCUCUCUGAACAGGAGAAUAAUGAGAAACAAAUGCGGCAACUCUCUGUGAUCCCCCCUAUGAUGUUUGAUGCAGAACAAAGAAGGGUCAAGUUCAUCAACAUGAAUGGGCUUAUGGAGGACCCUAUGAAAGUUUAUAAAGAUAGGCAGUUUAUGAAUGUUUGGACUGACCAUGAGAAGGAGAUCUUCAAAGACAAGUUUAUCCAGCAUCCAAAAAACUUUGGACUAAUUGCAUCUUACUUGGAAAGGAAGAGUGUUCCUGAUUGUGUUUUAUAUUACUAUUUAACCAAGAAGAAUGAGAAUUAUAAAGCCCUAGUCAGAAGGAAUUAUGGAAAACGAAGAGGGAGAAACCAGCAGCAAAUUGCCCGACCCUCACAAGAAGAAAAAGUUGAAGAAAAAGAAGAAGAUAAAACAGAGAAAACAGAAAAAAAAGAAGAAGAAAAGAAAGAUGAAGAAGAAAAAGAUGAGAAGGAGGACUCUAAAGAAAAUGUCAAGGAAAAGGAUAAGACGGAAGGUACAGCAGAAGAAACUGAGGAGAGGGAGCAGGCCACACCCCGGGGGCGAAAGACUGCCAACAGUCAGGGCCGCCGGAAGGGCCGUAUCACCAGGUCCAUGACCAACGAAGCUGCAGCUGCCAGUGCUGCGGCCGCAGCAGCCACUGAAGAACCCCCUCCGCCGCUGCCGCCGCCGCCAGAACCCAUUUCCACAGAGCCUGUGGAAACUUCUCGAUGGACAGAAGAAGAAAUGGAAGUUGCUAAAAAAGGUCUGGUUGAACAUGGUCGUAACUGGGCAGCAAUUGCCAAAAUGGUAGGAACUAAAAGUGAAGCCCAAUGUAAAAACUUCUAUUUUAACUAUAAAAGGCGACAUAAUCUUGACAACCUCUUGCAGCAGCAUAAACAGAAAGCCUCACGGAAACCUCGGGAAGAGCGAGAUGUGUCUCAGUGUGAAAGUGUCGCUUCCACUGUUUCUGCUCAGGAGGAUGAAGAUAUUGAAGCCUCCAAUGAGGAAGAGAAUCCAGAAGACAGCGAAGGUGCUGAAAAUAGUUCUGAUACAGAAAGUGCUCCUUCUCCUUCACCAGUUGAAGCUGUCAAGCCCGGGGAAGACAGCACUGAAAAUGCUCCAUCGCGAGGAAACCCUGAGCCCGUGGCUGAGCUCGAGUCCUCCACUGAGGCAGCCGCACCUGGUGCAUCUCCUUCCUCAGCAGCUCCGAGCACAAAGCCAGCUGAAAAUGAAAGUGUGGAGACCCAGCCGAACGACACCAUCAGCACUGAGACGGCAGAGCCGAUGGACGUAGACCAUCAGGAUCGCAGCACUGAAGCAGCUUCUACUCUUGAUACCCCAACCACUACCAAAGCAGACUCUGUGGAUGUUGAAAUUAGGGUGCCAGAAAACAAUGCUUCUAAAGUGGAAGGUGAUACCAAAGAAGGAGACUUGGAGAGAGCCAGUGAAAAGACGGAGCCUAGAGAUGAAGACUUGGGGGUGGCCCAGCAGAUAGAUGCCCAGCGACCCGAGCCCCAGUCAGACAAUGAUUCCAGUGCCACGUGCAGUGCUGAUGAAGAUGUGGAUGGCGAGCCGGAGAGGCAAAGAAUAUUUCCUCUGGAUUCAAAGCCUUCGUUAUUAAACCCCACUGGAUCUAUAUUGGUCUCCUCCCCAAUAAAACCAAAUCCGUUAGACCUGCCUCAGCUUCAGCAUCGAGCUGCUGUUAUCCCACCAAUGGUUUCCUGCACCCCAUGUAAUAUACCAAUUGGAACCCCAGUGAGUGGCUAUGCUCUCUACCAGCGACACAUUAAAGCAAUGCAUGAGUCAGCACUGCUGGAGGAACAGCGGCAGAGGCAGGAGCAGAUUGAUUUGGAAUGCAGAAGUUCUACAAGUCCAUGUGGCGCUGCCAAAAGUCCUAACAGAGAGUGGGAAGUCCUGCAGCCUGCUCCCCAUCAAGUGAUAACUAAUCUUCCUGAAGGGGUUCGGCUUCCAACAACUCGACCAACCAGGCCGCCACCACCACUCAUCCCAUCGUCCAAAACCACGGUGGCUUCCGAAAAGCCGUCUUUCAUCAUGGGAGGCUCCAUCUCACAGGGAACGCCUGGCACGUAUCUGACUUCUCAUAAUCAGGCUUCCUAUGCUCAAGAGGCAGCUAAGCCCUCGGUGGGAUCCAUCUCUCUUGGACUGCCACGGCAACAGGAGUCCUCCAAAUCAGCUGCUUUGCCCUACAUCAAGCAGGAAGAAUUUUCUCCGCGAAGCCAAAAUUCCCAACCUGAGGGUUUAUUGGUCAGGGCCCAGCAUGAAGGUGUGGUCAGAGGUACCACAGGAGCCAUCCAAGAGGGAAGUAUAACUCGGGGAACUCCAACCAGCAAAGUCUCAGUGGAGAGCAUCUCAUCCCUGCGGGGCUCCAUCACUCAGGGUACCCCGGCUCUGUCCCAGGCUGGCAUACCAACCGAGGCGCUGGUGAAGGGAUCCAUUUCUCGAAUGCCCAUUGAAGAGAGUAGUCCUGAGAAAGGCAGAGAAGAAGCUGCAUCCAAAGGCCAUGUAAUUUAUGAAGGCAAAAGUGGACAUAUCUUAUCCUAUGAUAAUAUUAAGAAUGCCCGAGAAGGGACUAGAAGUCCAAGAACAGCUCAUGAAAUCAGUUUAAAAAGAAGCUAUGAAUCAGUGGAAGGAAAUAUAAAGCAAGGAAUGUCAAUGAGGGAGUCUCCUGUAUCAGCACCGUUAGAGGGGCUGAUAUGCCGAGCAUUACCCAGAGGGAGCCCUCAUUCUGACCUCAAAGAGAGGACUGUGCUGUCUGGCUCCAUAAUGCAAGGCACACCAAGAGCAACAACUGAAAGCUUUGAAGAUGGCCUUAAAUAUCCCAAACAAAUUAAAAGGGAAAGUCCUCCCAUAAGAGCAUUUGAAGGAGCCAUUACCAAAGGCAAACCAUAUGAUGGCAUCACCACCAUCAAGGAGAUGGGGCGUUCCAUUCACGAGAUCCCACGGCAAGAUAUUUUAACUCAGGAGAGCCGGAAGACUCCAGAAGUAGUCCAGACCACGAGGCCCAUAAUUGAAGGUUCCAUUUCCCAGGGCACACCAAUAAAGUUUGACAGCAACUCAGGUCAAUCUGCCAUCAAACACAAUGUCAAAUCUUUGAUCACGGGGCCUAGUAAACUACCCCGUGGAAUGCCUCCUCUGGAGAUUGUGCCAGAGAACAUAAAAGUGGUUGAACGGGCAAAAUACGAAGACGUAAAGACAGGCGAGCCAGUGCGUUCCCGGCACACAUCCGUGGUGAGCUCGGGCCCCUCCGUUCUCAGGUCCACACUUCAUGAAGCUCCCAAAGCACAGCUGAGCCCGGGCAUUUAUGACGACACCAGUGCUCGGAGGACUCCCGUGAGUUACCAGAACACCAUGUCCAGAGGCUCACCCAUGAUGAGCAGAACUUCCGAUGUUACAAUUUCUUCUAGCAAGUCUACCAAUCAUGAAAGGAAAUCCACACUGACUCCUACCCAAAGGGAGAGUAUACCAGCGAAGUCUCCAGUGCCUGGGGUGGACCCUGUCGUGAGCCACAGCCCAUUUGAUCCCCAUCACAGGGGCAGCACCGCAGGAGAGGUCUACCGGAGCCAUCUGCCCACACAUUUGGAUCCAGCCAUGCCGUUUCACAGGGCUCUGGACCCUGCAGCUGCUGCUUACCUGUUUCAGAGACAGCUUUCACCAACUCCAGGCUACCCAAGUCAGUAUCAGCUGUAUGCAAUGGAGAAUACAAGACAGACAAUCUUAAAUGAUUACAUUACCUCACAGCAGAUGCAGGUGAACUUGCGCCCUGAUGUGGCCAGAGGACUCUCCCCCAGAGAACAGCCACUGGGUCUCCCAUACCCACCAACAAGAGGAAUCAUUGACCUGACCAAUAUGCCUCCAGCAAUUUUAGUGCCUCACCCCGGGGGAACAAGCACUCCUCCCAUGGACAGAAUCACAUAUAUUCCUGGUACACAGAUUACUUUCCCUCCCAGGCCAUACAACCCUGCGUCUAUGUCUCCUGGACACCCAACACACCUUGCUGCAGCCGCAAGUGCUGAGCGGGAGCGAGAGCGAGAGCGAGAGAGGGAGAGAGAGAGGGAGAGGGAGAAAGAGCGAGAACGGGAACGGGAGCGAGAGCGGGAGCGCAUCGCCGCAGCCUCUUCCGACCUCUACCUGCGUCCAGGCUCAGAGCAGCCCGGCCGGCCUGGCAGUCAUGGAUACGUCCGCUCCCCGUCCCCGUCAGUAAGAGCUCAGGAGACCAUGUUGCAGCAGAGACCCAGUGUUUUCCAGGGAACCAAUGGAACCAGCGUAAUCACACCUUUGGACCCAACUGCUCAGCUACGAAUCAUGCCACUGCCCGCUGGGGGCCCUUCCAUAAGCCAAGGCCUGCCAGCCUCCCGCUACAACACUGCUGCGGACGCCCUGGCUGCUCUUGUGGACGCUGCAGCUUCUGCACCCCAGAUGGAUGUGUCCAAAACAAAAGAGAGUAAGCAUGAAGCUGCCAGGUUAGAAGACAGUUUGAGAAGCAGGUCAGCAGCAGUUAGCGAGCAGCAGCAGCUAGAGCAGAAAAGCCUGGAGGUGGAGAAGAGACCUGUUCAGUGUCUGUACACUUCUUCAGCCUUUCCAAGUGGCAAGCCCCAGCCUCACUCUUCAGUAGUUUAUUCUGAGGCUGGGAAAGACAAAGGGCCUCCUCCAAAGUCCAGAUAUGAGGAAGAGCUCAGGACCAGAGGGAAGACCACCAUUACUGCAGCUAACUUCAUAGACGUGAUCAUCACCCGGCAAAUUGCCUCGGACAAGGAUGCAAGGGAACGUGGCUCUCAAGGUUCAGACUCUUCCAGUAGCUUGUCUUCUCACAGGUAUGAAACGACUAGCGAUGCUAUUGAGGUCAUAAGUCCUGCCAGCUCACCUGCACCGCCCCAGGAAAAACUGCAGGCCUAUCAGCCAGAGAUUGUUAAGGCAAAUCAAGCCGAAAACGAUCCAGGCAGACAGUAUGAAGGACCAUUACACCACUAUCGACCACAGCAGGAGUCACCAUCUCCACAGCAGCAGCUGCCCCCUUCCUCACAGGCAGAGGGGAUGGGGCAAGUGCCCAGGACCCAUCGGCUCAUCACACUUGCCGAUCACAUCUGUCAAAUUAUCACACAGGAUUUUGCUAGAAAUCAAGUUCCCUCGCAGACUCCCCCGCAACCUCCCACUUCUACAUUCCAAAAUUCACCCUCUGCUUUGGUGUCAACGCCUGUGAGGACUAAAACAUCAAGUCGUUACAGCCCCGAGUCCCAAUCUCAGUCUGUUCACCAUCAGAGACCAGGUUCCAGAGUUUCUCCAGAAAAUCUUGUGGACAAAUCCCGGGGAAGCAGCAGGCCUGGAAAAUCCCCAGAGAGGAGUCACGUCUCUUCCGAGCCCUACGAGCCCAUCUCCCCACCCCAGGUUCCAGUUGUGCAUGAGAAGCAGGAAAGCAUGCUGCUCUUGUCUCAGCGGGGAGCCGAGCCUUCGGAGCAGAGGAGUGAUUCCCGCUCACCAGGCAGUAUUAGCUACUUGCCUUCAUUCUUCACCAAGCUUGAAAACACAUCACCAAUGGUUAAAUCAAAGAAGCAGGAGAUUUUUCGUAAGUUGAACUCCUCUGGUGGAGGUGACUCUGAUAUGGCAGCAGCUCAGCCAGGAACUGAGAUCUUUAAUCUGCCAGCGGUUACCACAUCAGGCUCAGUUAGCUCUCGAGGCCAUUCUUUUGCUGAUCCUGCCAGUAAUCUUGGUCUAGAAGACAUAAUCAGGAAGGCUCUCAUGGGAAGCUUUGAUGACAAAGUAGAGGAGCACGGAGUGGUCCUGUCGCAGACUGUGGGAGUAGUGCCUGGUGGCGCCAGCACGUCAGUUGUGACCAGUAGUGAGACACGGAGAGAGGAAGGGGACCCAUCACCUCAUUCAGGAGGCGUUUGCAAACCAAAGCUGAUUAGCAAGUCAAACAGUAGGAAAUCAAAAUCUCCCAUCCCUGGGCAAGCCUACCUGGGAAGUGAACGGCCCUCUUCGGUCUCCUCUGUGCAUUCUGAGGGGGACUACCACAGGCAGACGCCAGGGUGGGCCUGGGAAGACAGGCCAUCUUCAACAGGCUCAACGCAGUUCCCUUAUAACCCCCUGACACUGCGGAUGCUCAGCAGCACGCCACCAACACCGAUCGCAUGUGCCCCCUCUGCUGUGAACCAGGCAGCUCCUCACCAACAGAACAGGAUCUGGGAGCGAGAGCCCGCCCCGCUGCUCUCAGCACAGUAUGAGACACUGUCGGACAGUGAUGACUGAGCCGCACAGACCGGGGGGACGGACACGGCACGGGGAGGGGCUCGUUCUCGGGUAUUUUAAUUGCAGGUCAAAAACCUGCCCAUAUGAUUUGUGCCCAGAGACUUUUCAGGAGAGCCAGGGCCAUACGUGAUGGAGAAAUGAUGGAAAUUCAUUUGGAGCAUCAAACGGGAAGAAACAGAAAAUAGCCUUUGAUACGCCGCAAUUCAGUGGAUUCUAAUAGUGGAGGGUUGAAAUGUAGAGUUUUUAAAAGUGGACAAUUCCUGUUCCUACAUCUGUUUGUAAAGAAAACCAUAAUGUCUUUAAAUCACUCAUGUAAAUAGAUGACCUUUUUGCAGUGUAGCCCCUUGCUGUAGUAUCUGGUGUACUUAUGUUCAAAUCAGCGCAUCAACUCGGGGGGUAAUUUUUAAAAGAUCUUUUUGUCUAUCUUUUUAACCCUAGCCUUCUGAAAAAACAAAACAAAACAAAACAAAAAAAAAAACAAACCUCAUACAGCCCAGAUACAUAAUGUUGGCUGUCACGGGCAUUGUACUUUAUCUGAUUUUGUUUCCUCUAAAUUCAGCUUCCCAGUGAUGUUUAAAAUCUGUGGAAAUGUUUAGGUUUUUAACACAGACCCUGUCAUGAAGUCUGUACGUUAGGGUCAAAGGCAGGAGCGAUGAACUUUCUGCCACACUGUAAAUUCCCAGUGCAAGCUUUAAUUUUUCAUUAGUAGCACUGAAAAAAUAUUACUGCAUGGGUAUGUUAUAGUUCAGUUUUUAAAGUUUUCCAGGCUUCUUUGAGGCACACCUCACUGUUAUGCACACUGGUGAUUUAACCAUGCCCCUAGGAAUCCCUUUUCUCCUGCAUUUGAUGCAGCCCAACAAAGCUUCUGUUUUGAAAUAAAUUUGACUACCCUGUCCAUA